AUGCCUAGUUUGGGGUACACUUGCAUGUACUCAAAACAAACGGUGCUCUACUCCUAGCCUUCGUCUUUGCUUCCAGGCGGGCGCCCCCCCCUUGUUGGAUGGUGGCGUUGUCGUCGGCGGCGGCGGCGAUAGUUAUUGAGGAAGUCCUAAUCAAAUAUUGCGGAAGGAGUACGCAGACGUAGUAGCUUCCGGUGUCCUGAGUUCGCUGGUCGACAGACUGAGAGAACGAAUCACAGGCGAGUUUGGUCAAGUAAUGGACGUCGGCGCCGAGCUGAAGAAGCUGGAGGGCACCCUCUCCACCAUCUGCGACGUGCUCGAGGAUGCGGAGGGGAGGCAAGUGCAGGAGAGAGCUCUCAGAGGGUGGCUGGGACGCAUCAAAGAUGUGGCCUACGAUAUCGACGAUCUGCUGGACGAGGACUUCGCCAAGAACUGGAAGAGGAGUUUAACUGAUCCGGAAAGCAGUACUACUAGCUGGAUGAAGGGAACGGUAAGUAGAGUGCUAUCAUUGCCUAACUCAGUUAUGUUUCAGUUAAAGAUAGCUAGGGAGAUAAGGGAAAUAAGGGAGAGACUAGAUGAGCUUGCAGAGGAGAGAUCUAAGUUUCAUUUGCAAGAGAGAUGUGUAGUAACAUGCUGUAGGCAAGAGAAUGUGGUGAGAGAAGAAACUAGCUCCUUCGUAAUUGAAUCGGAAGUUUAUGGUAGGGAAGAAGAUAAGAAAAAGAUCAUCGAAUUUCUUGUGGACACACCUGGAGGUGAUCUCGGGAUUAUAGCAAUUGUUGGGAUGGGAGGGCUCGGUAAGACGACACUCGCGCAAUUAGUCUAUAAUGAUCGACAAAUAAGCGAUCACUUUGAGAAGAGAAUAUGGGUGUGUGUUUCUGAUGAUUUUGACCAUAAAAGGCUUGUCAGAUCGAUAAUAGAGCAUACAACGGGAAAUGCUUGUGAUCUCACAAGCAUGGCGUCGAUGCAGUCUAAACUAAAACAGGAGCUUGAGAAAAAAAUAUUUUUGCUCGUGCUGGAUGAUGUGUGGAAUGAAAAUUAUGAGAAGUGGGACAAAUUUAGGACUUUGCUAACUAUUGGUGCGACCGAAAGUAAAAUUAUAGUGACCACCCGUAGUAGUAGAGUUGCCUCAGUAAUGGCCACGGUGGAGCCACACUUUUUGAAGACUUUAUCUGAGGAUGAUUGUUGGUUGUUGUUUGAGAGAAGAGCAUUUGGGAUAGGUGCUUGUGAGAAGACCGCAAACUUAGUUACCAUUGGAAAGGAGAUUGUGAAAAAAUGUGGUGGUGUCCCGCUGGCAGCGAAGGUUUUAGGUAGCUUGAUGCGCUCUAAGAGAAGGGAAAGUGAGUGGUUGGCUGUUCGGGACAAUGAUAGUUGGAAGUUAGAAGAGAAUGAGAUUUUACCAGCUCUAAGGUUGAGUUAUAAUCAUUUGCCGUCGCACCUGAAGCAAUGCUUUGCAUAUUGCUCCAUAUUUCCAAAGGAUACUAUUAUAAUAAUUAAGGACCUGAUCCAACUUUGGAUUGCUGAAGGAUUUGUUCGGUCACUCAACGAGAGUAUGGAAUUGGAAGACGUGGGUUACCAAUAUAUUGAAGAGCUAUUAUCGAGAUCACUUUUCGAGGAACCUAGGCAUAUGAUAGGUGCCGUCGUGAUUCAUGAUCUUGUUCAUGAUCUCGCUCAAUUUGUUUCAGGUGAAGAAUGUUCAAGCAUCGGCAAAGUUGUCAAUAGAAGAGACAUAUAUCCUUCGACACGUUAUUCAUCUUUUAUCUACACAAUAGAGAUAAUACCAUCGGUUUUAGAGAUUGUCAAUAAAGCCAAAAAGUUGAGAACCUUUUACUUCCUCAAAUCACAUCCUUUUGUGCAGAUAGGAAAGGAAGAUAUGAUGCUAAAGAUUCUUCAAACUGUUUUCUCUAGUAUGAAGCUUCUAAGAGCACUUUAUCUUAAAUACUACCCUAUCAAAGAAUUGCCAAAUUCAAUUAGUAAUCUUAGACACCUAAGGUAUCUCAAUUUGUCAUACACAAACCUUGAAAUACUGCCACAAUCUAUUGGUUUCUUGCAGAAUCUGCAAGUUUUGGACCUACAAGGAUGUCGAUUUUUAAAAGAAUUACCAGACUCCAUUGGCAAUCUCUCUAAUCUACUUGCACUGAAUCUUGAAUAUUGCACAAGCUUUGUCUUCCUACCAAAUUCCAUUGGUCAUUUAAAGAGUUUGCAGACCUUAAACCUCGCAAAUACCAGAAUAAAAAGGUUUCCCGAAAGCAUAUGUUGCCUCUCAGAUCUUCGAUCAAUUAAUCUAGGACACUGUCUCUUUCUACGCAAGCUCUCAGAGAACAAGAAGAACGCGAAAAAUCUCACAUGUCUUCGCACAGGUCAUUGCCAUAGAUUAACGUGCAUGCCUGCUGGACUUACACAGCCAAGCUACUUUCGGGACCUACUGCUCUUUGAUGUCUACGAAAAGAGAGAGUGCGGCCUCAAGGAGCUCAACAGACUUAAUCUUGAAGGCAUCCUAUUGAUUACUAGCCUAGAAAAUGUGAAGAAUUUCCAGCAGGCUAGAGAGGCUAACUUAAUAGAAAUGGAUGGCCUUAAUGCACUAUCAUUAGCAUGGGACUUGGAUACUUACAAGAAGCAAAUGGAAGCCUGCGUGCGCACUGAGGUAGAAGGAAAAGCCAGGCAAGGUCUUAUCAAUUCACUUGGGGUAGCCGAAGAAGUCCUCAACGGCCUCCAACCGCACGAAAAUUUGACCCUAUUGGGGAUAUAUCGCUACCCGGGCAAAAUUUUUCCGAAAUGGUUGGAGUCCAGUCUUCCAAAUCUUGUUUUGCUUCACUUAUCUUUUUGUUUCAGAUGUAAGGCCCUCCCAAGAACAAGUCAAUUGCAUAACCUAGAGACACUUUCUCUCGAGAAGCUUCCUGUUGUCAAGUCUCUUCCGUCGCUUGGGCAGUUGCCUGCUCUUAAAGUCCUGCAUCUCGUUUCUCUCCUAGCAGUCACGAGCCUGGACUCAGAGUUCUAUGGUGCAGGUGAUGAUGCAUUCCCAGUAUUGGAGAACUUGAGAUUAGAACACAUGCCCAAGUUAGAGGGGUGGUGUGAAGCGUCAGCAGCGCAACGAUCUUUUCCUCGUUUGUCGGAGUUGAGGCUACUAGACUGCCCAAAACUGAAAGAAUUGCCCUCAUCUUUUCCAUCCGUCGAGCAGCUAUAUUUGUGCGCUAACAGUGAGCUGCUGCUAUCUUCUCUGCCGCGCUGCGCAUUUCCAAAUCUCAAGAUUGUGCACUUGGCAAGUUCUGACGACCCUGCUCGACCAUCUGUUCUACAAACUCUUGCGGAGCGCAUAACAUUCGUAAAAUGUCUGAACUUCUACUGGUGGGAUCCCAUGGACGCUGAUGAUCUAGACUUCAUUAGGCGCAUUUCGGAAUUCCGGUAGCCUUUUGAUUUGGAAUAUUGUACUACUUAUAUUGGUCUCAAGCAAAAAAAAAGAAAAAGAAAAAAAGGCAAUCAAUACAAUGGCCAUAAAAGAAAUUAAGAAAAUGUGUUGAUGUUUGCUGGUCAGAAUGUUUGUUCUUCUGCAAGUUUCUAUUUUAUGACUUUGUAUUUAGUAAAUGUGUUUUAGUGGGUACUUUUCUAAUA